GGGGAAGAAAGCUUGAUGCGGUGACACGCGGCAUGUUUGGUGCUAACCGGAAGAAGUUUAUGGAGGGAGGCUUAGAGAGCGAGUACGCCGACGACUCCAGCCUCUACUACAGCCAGCAGUCCAUGUUCCCUCCUCACCGCCCCGACAAAGACAUGCUGGCGUCUUCCUCUGCUUCCUCCACGGGUCAACUGUCACAGCUGGGAGCCAGUUUAUAUGGACCGCAGAGCGCUCUGGGUUUCCCCAUGCGAGGGAUGAACAGCAGCGCGGCGCCUCCGUUGAGUCGAAGUGGACUCAACCAGUCGGCCGGUCAACUGUCGAGUCACAGCAACACGCCGAACGCCGGCACGAUGCACACGCCUCCAUCACCCAGCAGGGGGAUCCUUCCGAUGAGCAGCCGGAGCGUCCUGAACCACAGCCAGCAGGUGGGAGGUCCCACCGGCCAGGCGGGAGGGAUGGGACGGGGGAGAGAGGGGGGAGGAGGGAGGAGCGGCAGCAUGGGGAGUCCAAGCCGGUCGUCGCCCAGCAUCAUCGGGAUGCCGAAGCAGCAGCAGGGACGGCAGCCAUUCACCAUCAACAGUAUGUCGGGGUUCGGGGUCAACAGGAAUCCAGGGUUCAACAUGAACAACUCUCUCUCCAACAACAUCUUCAACGGCACAGACGGCAGUGAGAAUGUGACGGGUUUGGAUCUGUCAGAUUUCCCGGCGUUAGCUGACAGGAGUCGGAGGGACGGAGGUUCGAAUCCAACCCCACUGCUCAACCCGCUGGCCGGUCGGGCUCCCUAUGUUGGCAUGGUAACCAAACCGUCCAGUGAGCAGUCUCAGGACUUCUCCAUCCACAACGAAGAUUUCCCAGCUCUACCUGGGCCCAACUACCAAACGAAAGACCCCACCAGCACCACCGAGGACAGCAAAACGAAUCUGAACUCUUCAGGAAAGCCCACCUCUAACUCAGACGGUCCAAAGUUCCCCGGCGAUAAGAGCUCGGCGCCCAGCAACAACAACCAGCAGAAGAAAGGGAUCCAGGUGCUUCCUGACGGGCGAGUGACCAACAUCCCCGUCGGCAUGGUAACGGACCAGUUCGGGAUGAUCGGCCUGCUGACGUUCAUCCGGGCGGCGGAGACGGAUCCCGGCAUGGUUCACCUGGCGCUGGGCUCCGACCUGACGACGCUCGGCCUCAACCUCAACUCACCAGAGAAUCUGUAUCCUAAGUUUGCGUCUCCGUGGGCGUCGGCUCCGUGUCGACCGCAGGAUAUAGAUUUUCAUGUUCCGUCAGAGUAUUUAACCAACAUCCACAUAAGGGACAAGUUAGCAGCUAUCAAGUUGUCUCGAUACGGUGAAGAUCUGCUGUUUUAUCUCUACUAUAUGAACGGAGGAGACCUACUACAACUCCUGGCUGCAGUAGAACUGUUUAACAGGGACUGGCGGUACCAUAAAGAGGAGCGGGUUUGGAUCACCAGAGCUCCGGGGAUGGAGCCCACGCUGAAGACCAACGCCUACGAGAGAGGGACCUACUACUUCUUCGACUGCCUCAACUGGAGAAAAGUGGCCAAGGAGUUUCAUCUGGAAUACGACAAACUAGAAGAGCGACCUCACGUUCCCUCCACCUUCAACUACAAUCCCGCCCAGCAGGCCUUCUGAUUGGCUGCCGCUCCUCCCGCCUGCCUGCCAUUGGCCCUCCUGGCUCAUCAGCUCUUUAGGUUUCUUCCACACUCUCAGAUCAAUCAGAAAGACUCGACGGAGACGCCGUCCUGCCUCCUGACCCCAGCAGACUUUAUCAUUUUAACCUUUUCUCAUGUUUCUUUACCUCAUUUUGUUUUUAUUUUAUUCCCUUUUUUCUCCUCCAUCGGUUUGGUUCCAGCAGCCGGUAAAUAAGUGUCCAUCCCACCGGCGAUUUCUAUUCAGUCUUAAGAAUCGACUAUUUUUGUCCAGAGAAGCUUUUAAAGGAGAAACCAGAUUUUAACGCCGUCAGGAUGGAUAAUUAUUCCGCUCUUCAGCACUUCAGCUCCGACUAUUUAUCUCCACUUUUACCAGGUUUUUCUUCCGGCGUUUCAGAUCAGAUAACACGUCAGACAGUCAGGAGACGAAAUGCAAUGUACAUUGUAGCACUAUUUCAUAAUAAAAGAAGGAAAAACAGCUUUUUUAUGGGUUCUUCAUGUUAUGUGGGUAGAAAAUUCAACAAGUGGGUUUAAUUUGGGGUUUUGGAGCAGCUAGAAAAGUCGCUUUUAGUUAGUUUUUGUCCUUAUUGUCAACAAAUCACACAUGGAGAGCUCCGAAUAAUCAACAAUUAAACCGCAGAUUGGUCUGUUUAUUACUUGUUUGGGCUAAAAAAAAAAAAAAAAAGAAGUCAAAAAUGGUGAAAAAAAAAGCUAAAAAUGAAAUACCAUACCUGAAAAAUAGAUUAAAACAUUUCACCUGAAAAAUUAGAUUAAAAUUAAACAUUUCACCUGAAACAUUAUAUAGAAUGAAAUCUUAUGCUGGGAUUACGAGAUUAAAACUAAAUAUGUCAGAAAUAUGAGAUAAUCUAAUAUUUCACCUGAAGAUGAGAGAAAUUUAAAAUGUUGCACCAAAGAUUGUUUAAAAAAAAAAAUAUUGCACUUAAAAAAUUAGAACUAAAAUGUUAAAUAUUGUACCUAAGAAUUAAGAUAAAUUAAAUAUUUCACUGUAAAAAUGUAAUGAAAUGAAAUAUUUGACCUAAAAAUUUAAUAAAAUGAAAUAUUUCCCCUGAAAAAUUAGCACAGAAUUAAAUAUUGCACCUGAAAAUGAGAUAAAACAUGAAAUGUCGGAAAAAUGAGAUAAAAUUAUAUAUUUUGUAUAAAGUUAGAAUAAAAAUGAAAUAUUGCACCUGAAAAUAAGAGAGUAGAGCUCUAAAUACUACAAAUAAUGAAUAUUUCAACCAUAGAGCUGUUUUAGGCUUAAAAAGGCAGAAAAUGGUGAAAAAAAGUCAGUUUCCUGUCACAGAAGAAGAAAUAUAACAGAAAAUAUUCACAUUUAAGCAGCAGAAACCACUGAAUUUAGACAUUUUCUUCUUAAAAUGUUACAGAAAGUGAUAAAUAAACCAGUAAAUUAGCUGAUCGAUCUUUGCAAAAAUGAUUAUUUUUUGAUAAAAGACGAGCAAAGAAACGGAAAGUCCACUUUACUGGUGCUUUAGUGCAGCAAUUUACGACUUUUUGGAUCAAAAAUGCCACAGAAACUCUCUUUAAAAUUGAAUAAAUCUGCUCUAAAACUGACAUGAAAAUAUUUGAAAAGCUUAGUUGUUGAUUUGUUGACAAUAAGAAAAACUCACAUUGAAACUUAAACGCGUCUUUAAAUUCAACAAAUUUGUCUUUAUUGUGCUAAACUAUGACUCAUCUUCCAUCCGCUGCUUUUCACCUCUUCUUUUAUUAUUUUAACGUUUCUGCUGCUCUUUAAUAUUUAAUUCCUUUUAUUUUUAACCUAAUUUCUGCUCCCACAUUUGUUAUUCGGUGUAUUUUCCACCUGGUAUCAGUCAAACUAAUCAGAAUAUUUCUCUUUCUUGCUGAGAUUACUGCUAAACAGGAAGCUACAGCCUGAGGCUAGUUAGCAUAGCUUAGUGUAAAAACUGGAAACAAAGGGAAACUGUUAGCGUGGUUCAAUUUUUCAAAUGGAAAAAUUUCAACUUACAAACAUCUGUGCGCGUAUGAAGGGUUAUGUGAUGACUUUUUUGGACAUUUUUACACUUUGGUGCAAAGUUUCAUGAGUGUUUCUCCUUGAUUUUCUGCUAAGCUAGGCUAAUUAGCACAUGAUUUCCUGAUAGAAAAUAAUCUGACUCUGCAACGGAACAAGAUGUCUCUUAUGUUUGAGAUUUGAAUGUUCUUAUUGCUGAACAGGAAGCUCCAGCCUGAAGCUAAUUAGCAUAGCUUAGCAUAAUGACUGGAAACAAAGGGAAACUGUUAGCGUGGUUCAGUUUAAAAGGGACUACCUAAGAAUCGUUUUUUACACUUGGGUGCAGCUUAAACAACUAAUUAGUGAUUUUAUGCUAAGCUAAGCUAAUUAGCACACAUUUUAAUGACUGAAAAUAAUCUGACUCUCAGCAAGAAAGCAAAAUAUCUCCUGUAAAUGUUUAUUUUCUUGUUUUUUUUUUCUUUCUUUAAGCUCCACCAAAAGACCAAAAUCAACCAAAACAGUCUUUAAUUUUGAAAGGCUUUAUGUUUAAUUUAUUGAUUUUACUUCAUCACCUUAUUUUGAAACCCCAUCCUCCAGGAGGCGCCGUCGUGUGUGUGUAUAUAUAUCUGAGUUCAGUGUAUAUACACGAACACGAGGCAGUAUUUUUAAGAAAAAAGUCGAAAACUUAAAAAAGAAAAUCUGCCCCCGAUGAGGAGCCCCUCGCUCCUCUGCUGGCAAUACCGAGGCCCCUCCCCCGUUGCCGCGGAAACUGGUUUCCAAGGGAGACUGCCGGCGACAACUCCGCCCCCGCCGCAGCCUCACCGACCAACCACCUUCCAGCUACCGUCACCGUGGCAGCUGUUGUCGUGACCACAGGGGCCAGCAGCAACGCCAAGGACACGCCCACCGACCGUGUGACCUGUCUGAGACGAUCUGAUUGGAGGACGAGGACUGAGGCACUUGGCCGUAGGCUGUUUUAUUAAAUAUGGCAGCUAGUGUUUUAAUAGGAAAAAGAAUAAAAUAAAUAUUCUGGUAAUGAAACUGAA